GUUGUUAGGUUGCCAGGGUGCGGAGUAAGGAAGGAGGUUUGGGCCCGGCUCCUUCUUGUUGCCUAGCAACGUAAACCUCCCCAUUCGAAGCCCUAUGAGUCUUCGAGUUGGUGGUGCGCCUAGGACACAGCGACUUUGCGGAUCGGAAGAAGCGAGUGUCCGGAGCCCACACUUCUGAGACGUGUCAGAAGGCGCAGUAGGGUUAUGCCCUACAGUGCAAAAAGAUGUACAAGACAGAUCUAUCAGUAGAUCCCAAGGAAGUUGCAGCCAUCCAAGCUAGAAGAAAUCGAGAAAAGGACCGACAGGCCCGAUUCUUCAAUGUUCGGACCCGAGUUAUGGGGGUGGAUGUUGAAGCCUUGAAUAAGCAAGUGGAAGAGCGAAAGCUUCGGGAGGCAACAGAGCGGAACAAGGAGGCAGCUCAUGGUACCACCCAGGUGCAUUAUGAUCUGGUAGCCCAGAUGCUAGAAAAGGAACAGGCAGAACGGACACGCCGUCUGGCUAAGAAAGUCCAAGAAUAUCGAGAGCAGAAACAGCAGCUCAAAAACAGGCGUGAGUUUGACAUUUGGGACCCUAAUCAGUUGCAGAAAGAAUAUCCAGCCCGUCUAGGUGACAACGAUCUCCGCUGUGGUCCUGCCAGUCUUCAGUGCUUCGCUGGAGAAGACCUGGAUAGGACCACAUUCCUGAAAAUGCAACAGGAGCAGUUUCGGUACAACCUGGACAGGCAGGUGCAGGAACAACAGCAAGCCAGAAAUGAUGAGAAGUCUGCAGAUCUUCUCAAUGACAAGCUGCGCCUAGCCAUGGAGAUGCGAGCUACCCAGCUAGCCAAGCUGGAAGAGUCCUGCCGUGUGGCUAUGAUGGUUGCUAUGGCCAAUGCCAACAAAGCCAAGGCAGCUGAGACAACUGCGAGGCAGCAGCACAAGCAUAAGCGUGAGCAGGAGGCCAACACCAAGGAGAUCCAGAAGCAGGUCACGAGUGACCUACUGACUGAGAACCCCAAGGUUGCUCAACACCCUAUAGAUCCUCACCGAGUCUUGCCCUAUUGCUGGAAGGGCAUGACUCCAGAGCAGAGAGCUGCCAUCAGAAAAACCCAGGAGGUACAACGCCAUGAAAAGGAGAUACAACGCCAGUCUGAAAAAGCACUGAAUACAGAGUGGGAAAACCAGGCCAUGUGCUUGACGAAGGCAGCGAUGGAGCUAGAAGAGCAGGAAAAGGAACUAUGUGCUGAAUUUCAGAGGGGCCUGGGCUCCUUCAACCAGCAGCUGGCUCAUGAACAAAAAGCUCAUCAGAAUUAUCUGAAUUCAAUCAUCUAUACCAAUCAGCCUACGGCCCAGUAUUUCUUACAGUUUAACACCAGCAGCCGCUAGGCCAGGAUGGUCAUCUCUCCUUUCACCCCAUCAAACUCACAGAGGAAUUAAGAGAAGCAAACACUGAAUUCCCAUUCCGUUGUAGGAGAGAGCUAAGCUGGUAUCCCUAUCUUUCACCCUAGGUAAUAAAGCUAUUCACUAAAAUCAA